AUGCGGACGCUUAUCUCCCUCCUCUGCCUAUGCCUUGUCAGUGGACAACAAUUUCCAGAUGGACAAUACAGCGAUGGAGGUUUCGUCCAGUCCUCACAGUACUCCUACUCUUCUAGUCAACCUACGCAAUUCCCUCUACCGGCAUAUGACCAACAGCAGUACACAUCUGCCCCAUCAAUACAAUCAAAUAUGAAUAAUGGGAACUACGGUCCUGAAAACCAGUAUCAAAACCAACCACAGAACGGAUACGACUACACUCAGUAUGAUGCGACAACCCCAUAUCCGCAAAGUGCAGGUGGAUAUUCUUCUGGUCAGAGUCAGAGCGGACUCUACACAUCGAGCGGUAACACUCAAGUAUCAAUUCAGCAGUACUCUUUCAACAAUGGCGACUGCAAAUACGAAGAUGGAUACGUUACCGAAAACGGGCAGCGCCGUCAAGCUACAUCACAAGAAAUCGACAUAAUAAAUCAAUAUAAGCAGGCUAUCAACGACUACAUGAAGCAAGUAAACGGAUAUAUGGGCGAUUGGGUAAACACAAUGUUCAAGGAUCUACCCUUCAACACAGGACAAAGUUUUCCUUCUCUGCCAAAUAUGCCACCAAUGCCUGAAGCCCCAUGUCUCUGCAGCCCGCAGUCUUGUGGUCAGCAGCAACAACAACAAAGUCCUGUGUAUGGGCCAGUUAACAGCUAUAAUCAGCAAGGGAACCAGUACCAGACUACCGGAGCUCCAUACUCCAAUCAAUACCAGGUGAAUCAGCAGCAAUACCAGUCAAGUGUUACGCAAAGUCCGCAGUACAAUGGAAGAAAGAAAUAA